UUAACGUUUGAUUCAAAGGGGGUGCUUUGUUAGUUCAUUGUCCAGGGAAUCGUCAAUGGACGCCGUUGGUGUUGUUUUCGGUCCUUUCUGCAGCGUUGCUGCUCUUUAAUUGGCACUUUUUAAUUAUCCCCACCUCGCAUCCCGCCCGAGCAUGACAAGCCCACUAGAGCAAUUCGUCGUCAACGUCCAGAAUCUAUCGUCAAGUGGCAAUUUUCCCCAGCUGUACACGCUCAUCAACAAAAGUAGCGAGGUGCUGGUUCGGAACGCGUCGCAUCUCGAAGACGUCCUGGCCACUUUGGACCUGCAGAAGCACUCCCUCGGAGUUCUGGCCAUCCUAUGCGUGAAGUUCAACGUUGUCAACGCCACGGAAUUUGAGGCACUGUACGCCCAAGUGCAAGAGUUCAUCCUGAACUGCAAUGGGGAGCAAGUUCGUUUUGCAACAGACACCUUUGCGGAACUCUGUCACCUGCUCACGCAGAGCCUGAUCGAGAGGCAACAGCCGAUGCGCGGCAUCCACCUCCUGACGAGGGCGAUCAACAAGAUCCAGCUGUUUCCGUCCCAGCUAACCUCCAUCCAUGCAGACAUGUGCCAGCUUUGCCUGCUGGCGAAGUGCCUGAAGCCGGCGCUGCAGUUCCUGGACGUCGAGAUCACAGACAUCAGCCGAGAGAAUGACCGCUAUGAUGCCAAGCACUUUCUGCUGUACUACUACUACGGAGGCAUGGUGUAUGCGGCACUCAAGAACUACGAGCGGGCUCUCUACUUCUUCGAAGUGGCCAUCACCACAACCAGCAUGGCGGUCAGUCACAUCAUGCUGGAAGCCUACAAGAAGUACAUUCUUCUUGCCCUCAUCCUGUACGGGAAGGUGCCGAGCUUGCCCAAGUACACCUCUCAAGUGGUCACAAGAUUCAUCAGGCCGCUGAGCCAACCGUACCUGGAUUUGGCCGCGGCUUACACCUCUAACAAUCCGGACGAGGUCAGGGCUGUCCUCACGAAGCACGCCGAGACGUUUUCAAGGGACAACAAUACGGGUUUGACGAAGCAGUGCCUGGCAUCACUCUACAAGAAGAACAUCCAGAGGCUCACAAAGACGUUCCUGACGUUGUCUCUGACAGACAUGGCGAGCCGCGUUCAGUUGUCGGGCCCCGGGGACGCCGAACGGCACAUUCUCAACAUGAUCGAGGACGAAGAGAUCUUUGCGUCGAUCAACCAGAAGGAUGGCAUGGUCGUGUUCUUGGACAACCCGGAGAAGUAUAACACGCCGAUCAUGUUCAAGAGGCUCGAGGAAGAGAUGCGCAAGUUCAUCCAGCUCAACGAAAAGGUGAAGCAGAUGGACCAGGACAUCGCCGUCGACCCAAAGUACAUCCAAAAGCUGCUGCUGCCUUUGGAGGAGCCCCACCUUUUCAACUACUGCCCCCCUGUCCCCUCCCUCUUGACCUUGCCGCACUGGCCGUGUUCGCCCCUGCACCUUUCCGACGAUAUACAGAGACUCCAAGCAAGAGCCCCCACAUGCGCUGGGCAGCAGGAGGACGAUCAGCCGGGCAGCUCGAUCGGCAGCAGCAAGAUCCCCAACUACUCCAUGUGAGGGACGGGACGCGCGGGGUUCAAGGAACAGGAGGAACGCGCCUGCCCCCCACCCACCCCCCACCAAGUUCUGGCACUUUUUGGAAAGCGAAAUGAGACAGUCAUUAAAGGUUGACGCGGCAUUGCGUCCCCUUGGAACGUUUGA